AUGAUCCCAACAAACUCAACCUACAUCUCACUUGUCCCUAAAAUUACAAAUCUAUCUACCAUCAGUGAUUAUACAUCAAUAUCAUGCUACUCAACCAUUUACAAAUGCAUAUCAAAUUUACUUGCUAACAAGCUCAAGCCUACAUUGCCCCAUAUCAUUGAUCAAGCACAGUCUGCAUUUAUGCUUGGAAGGCAAAUUGAUGACAGCAUUCUUCUUGUACAAGAGCUCCUCAAUGGUUACCAUAGGCAAACUUUCUCCCCAAGAUGUGCCCUCAAGAUAGAUCUUAAGAGAGCAUUUAUUUCAGUAUCAUGGGACUUCCUAUUUGAUUCCCUAAAAUUGUUUGGUUUCCAGCACUGUUUAACAACUGAAUCCAAACUUGUGUUUCUACUCCCACAUUCACCAUUUCCAUCAAUGGGGAAUUUAAUGGCUACUUCAGCAGUUUAA